AUGCGUCAAGAUAUGUCUUGGUUUGACACCCAACAAGUCGGAUCAUUGACAAAUCGGAUGAGCAGUGGAGCAGAAAAAUUGAAGGCUGGAAUUGGUGACAAAAUGGGUUUGCUCAUUUCCGCGCUAGGAAGUUUCAUCAGUGGAAUAGCACUUGGUUUUUACUUGAGCUGGAAAAUGACAUUGGUGAUGAUGAUUACUGUACCGGUUCUUCUAGCAGCCAUGAUCAUCUCGGCUAAGAUGAUCUCAAGAGCUUCAAAAUCUGAAACUUAUGCAUAUUCAACGGCUGGUGGACUAGCAAACGAAGUCAUUUCUGGGAUUCGUACUGUCAUGUCCUUUAAUGCACAGCCAUUCGAAAUACACAGAUAUGAAAAAGAGCUGAAGACAGCGCGAAAACUAGGAAUCCAUAAGGGAGUGGUGCUGGGAGUUUUUGCUGGACUAAACGUUUUUCUACUAUUUGCUGCUAUGGCUGUUGCAUUUUGGUAUGGGACCACCCUUGUAGUGAAAGAUGAAAUAAGUCCGGGAACAGUUUUCGCCGUAUUUUGGGCAGUAUUGGUUGGUACAAGAAGAUUUGGAGAUGCCAUUCCACAAAUGGGUGUGAUUCUUGGCGCAAAACUUGCUGCGGCGGAUAUUUUUGCUGUCAUUGAUAGGGUACCGGACAUAGACAGCUCCAAGAUGGAAGGAUUUACGCCAGAAGAGAUUACUGGAAGACUAAGCUUUACAAACGUUCAUUUCACAUAUCCAGCAAGACCUACAGUGAAAAUUCUGGACGAUGUCAGUUAUGAGGUAAAAUUGUAG